ACAGCCGCUCCAACAACAACAACAACAACAGUUGCUCCAACAACUACCACAGCUGCUCCAACAACUACCACAGCUGCUCCAACAACUACCACAGUUGCUCCAACUACCACAGCUGCUCCAACAACUACCACAGUUGCUCCAACAACAACCACAGCUGCUCCAACAACAACUACAGCCGCUCCAACAACUACCACAGUUGCUCCAACAACAACCACAGCUGCUCCAAAAACUACCACAGUUGCUCCAACAACAACCACAACAGUUGCUCCAACAACAACCACAGCUGCUCCAACCACAACAACAGCCGCACCAACAACUACCACAGUUGCUCCAACA